GUAACAUGUGCGGUGGGCAUGUGACAAUCCCGCCUCUUCUCUUCUUCUGUCUGUGAAACCCUUCGUUCGUGCGCCACUCGCCACUCCCGUCUCCCUCUCUCAAAUUCACGGUAUUCACCAACCGGUUGAGCCCACCACCACCAGGCAGUCGCCAGUCAGGCACCAGCCACCAGCUGCCGUCGGACCGUCCUCCUCGGCCCUCUGUCUCUGUGAAAUCGCGCCUCCCCGUUUUUGAGACACAGCCUCUGACUUCUCGGCGCUUCCGACGCCUCGCCGCCUCGACGCCCCGUGUCCCCCGACUCGACGCUACUCCACUGAAGAUUUGAAGGAACAGAUACGAAAAUGUCGGUUAUGAUCGUGACAAGCUUGGGUGACCUGGUGAUCGAUUUGUUCGCAGAUAGAUGCCCAUUGACCUGCAAGAAUUUUCUGAAGCUGUGCAAAAUCAAGUAUUAUAAUGGAUGCCUCUUUCACACGGUGCAGAAAGAUUUUACUGCACAGACGGGUGAUCCUACUGGUACAGGAUCUGGUGGGGAUUCUGUGUACAAUUCUUUAAGUAUUGCCAAGGUUUUGAAUAUUUCAUCUUGCUUUGUGAUGUAUGACCCUUUCGAUGCAUGCGAUUUCAGAUUUCUGUAUGGAGAUCAAGCUCGCUUUUUCAGUGAUGAGAUUCGUUUGGAUGUAAAACAUUCAAAGAUGGGGACAGUGGCCAUGGCUAGUGCUGGAGAGAAUUUGAAUGCUUCUCAGGUAUUUGGGGAGGUUGCUGAAGGGAUCGAAACCCUUACUAGAAUAAACGAAGCCUAUGUGGAUGAAAAGAGCAGACCCUAUAAAAAUAUUAGAAUAAAACACACAUAUAUAUUGGAUGAUCCCUUUGAUGACCCUCCACAACUAGCUGAUUUGAUCCCAGAUGCUUCACCAGAAGGAAAACCAAAAGAUGAAGUUGAUGACGAUGUGAGACUAGAGGAUGACUGGAUCCCUUUGGAUGAGCAACUUAAUCCACAUGAGUUGGAGGAGGUGUUGCGUGCAAAGGAUGCUCAUUCUCGUGCAGUAGUGCUGGAAACUAUAGGAGACAUUCCUGACGCUGAGAUAAAACCUCCUGAUAAUGUGCUUUUCGUGUGUAAAUUGAAUCCUGUAACUGAAGAUGAGGACUUGCAUACAAUUUUUUCUCGUUUCGGAGUUGUAACAUCAGCUGAAGUUAUCCGGGAUCACAAAACUGGGGACAGUUUGUGCUACGCCUUCAUAGAAUUUGAGGACAAAGACGCCUGUGAACAAGCAUAUUUUAAGAUGGAUAAUGCUCUAAUUGAUGACCGGAGGAUUCACGUUGAUUUUAGUCAGAGUGUUGCAAAAUUAUGGUCCCAGUACAGACGCAAAGGUCAAGGAGGAGGUUGCUACAAAUGUGGUUCUGUCGACCACAUGGCCAAGGACUGUACGGGAGAUUCUACCUCUAAGCACUCACAGUCCAAAUACACGCUAAAAGACGAUAAUAUCCAACGUGGUGGAGAUAAAAAGACGAGGUACGAAAUGGUUUUCGAGGAAGAUAAUGGCAGAGAGCCUAAACAUAGCAAGAGGAGAAGAGACCACAAACCCGGACAUGAGGAAAAACGAGACAGGCAUGAUGAGCCGAGACACUAUGAAAGCAGUCACAAGCAAAAUGAAGAAUAUGUUGGGCGUAAAAGAAGCCCAGAGAUAAAUAGAUCGGGUGAAAGAAGAAAACCAAGUGCCCGUGAUAAUAGAGAUGAAAGAGAGCAGAGAAGAGGACACGACAAAGGGUACAUAAGGAGCCAUGGAGAAGAGAGAGAUUACGGUAGCGGCCGUGGGGAAAGGAAAAAGGAAUAUGAGAGUAGAAAAAAAAGUGAGGAUGAAUAUGUUCGUGGGAGUCAGAGAGAUAGGCGUGGUGUUGAGGAUGAUAGUUACGGUCAUAGGAGACUGGAUGGAGAGUGGCAUUCGGAUAAGCGGAGUUCUAAAAGGUGAUAUGACGAUUUUCUUCAUGAUCGUGUGGCAAUUUGAUUGUGAUCCAAUAUCUGUAGUUGUGAGUUCUGUACGUGGCCUUUCUUUUUUGUUUGCUGAAACAAAAUGAUGGUACUUGCCUCUACUUGGUCUUUCCUUUCUUUAUCAUUUGACCAAAGAUUGAACAGUAGACAUAAGAUUGGCUUUCUUAUCAAUGUGGUGGUAAGCCGUGUCAAAACUGGAGUGAAAAAUGAAGACCCAAGUCCAAUUCAACAUUGAUGAAUAGAUAAUAGAUUGAUAAUUUACUUCAUUGAUAGUUAUUCAGCUUGGCAUGUCUUUUAUAGAUUUGAAGUGUAGAAUUGUGUAUCUCAGUGUCUUCCAUAUUUUGCAUCUUUUUAUGAUCCUGAUAAAUCACAAUCAGAGGGAGUUUGCCGAACAAAAG